AUGGCGGGGGCGGAAACCCGCCGCUCGGCGCGUCCUCCGGUCUCCGAGCAACCGCCAUGCCCUCUGGAGGCACUAGCGAAUGUUCGAAAGGGGUGGAGCCUCCGAGGCCGGCGCCUGGGCGGUGUUCCUCAGAGUCGCACGCAAAUAUCCUGUAAAGGGUGGGGCCAGGGAGAUGAGGGGCGGUGCCUCUGGGCCGCCGGGAGGAGUCCCAGGGUGUGCGCAGAAGUUAGAAACCCGAGAAAGGAGAUGCAAGGCGCGACCCGGAAGCAGAUAACAGAGAACCAAGGACUGACGCUUAGAAGGAGAUGUGGAUCAGGGGGUUCUGGAAGAAGGAAAAACUGGCAGCCUCCCUCUGCUCUCUGUCACAAAGUGACUCGGUCACGGGAACAAGAAAUAAUCCCAGUUCGAGUCAAUUCCAACCCUUACGACGCAGCUACUGUGUGCAGGACACGGGGAAAACUAAGAAAAUGUGAUUAUACACUGGAACCAGCUUGUGGGACCACCAGGAUCCAGAGAGACUCCAUAACACUCCUGAAGAUCUCACUUCCUCAGGGGACCUUCCUGACCUGCCCCCAACACCAGACUACCUUUUCAAGUACAACGAAUUCUGCUUCUUGGAUCAUCCCACAUGAAAAGGAAAUUUGGACACACAGAGAUACCAGAGAUGUGGGCACACAGAUGAAAGACACAGAAGAAGGCCAUCUGCAAGCCAAGAGGAGAGGAGAAACCAAACCCCCCGAGACCUUGCUCUGGGAUGUCCAGCCUCCAGAGCUGUAAGGAAAUAAAGGUCUGUUG